AUGAUAUGCUGUAUAAGAGAAUUAGCUGCACCUGUUUCAUUUGCGUCGUCAAUAGAAGAUUCAUUAGAACUUAUUGAUACACAUUUAUAUAAUAAUAAAAAAAUUAUAUUAAUUACAUCAGCUACCUUAGGAAAAAAAAUUAUUCCUGAAAUUCAACAACGAAAUUUUCUUAUUCAUUCUUAUUAUAUAUUUUGUGGCUGUAUACAAAAUCAUAUUGAUUGGGUUUUAGAAUAUAUUGAAGAAGGUCUUGAAAUACAAAUGUUUGAUUUUGAAAUUGAUCUUUUGAUACGUUUAUCAAGAGACUUAAGUAAUGAAUUAAUUAAACAAGGCAGACAAAUAUUGGAUAAUAAUCCAAAAUCAGCGUUGAAUUAUUUUGAAUGUGCUCGUACAUUAGCUGAAAAAGCUGUUGAACGUGAUACACCCAAAGAUAAAAAUGAUCUGCAUCGUCCGUCAACUAAACAUCGAGAUAUAUUAGAUGGUGAAAACGGUCUUAUUGCAAAAGCCACACGAGCAUGUAAUAAUAUUACUUCAUAA